AUGUCCGAUCACCAGAAGAUCCACCCCGUGAACGACCCUGAAGCCCCGCCACAUCCGACGGCUCCUCUUGUGCCACGUGGCGCCUCCAGGAACUCCGGCAGAGAAUCUCCGCUGCAGCCGAAGAAGAGGAAGAGGAGAUGUUGUUGCCGUUGCGUGUGUUACACGCUCUGUGUUCUCUUGCUUCUAGUUUUUCUUCUCGGGGCAUUGGCUGCGAUUCUCUACCUUGUGUUUCAACCGAAGAUACCGGUUUAUUCCGUCGACCGGUUAGAGCUCAUCCGGUUUACGCUUAACCAGGACUCGGGGUCAUCCGCCACGUUCAAUGUGACUAUCACGGCCAAAAAUCCGAACGAUAAGAUCGGGAUUUUCUAUGAAGAUGGAAGCAAGAUCAGUGUAUGGCACAUGCAAACCAAACUCAGCGAAGGAUCGUUGCCCAAAUUUUACCAGGGGUACAAAAAUACGACGGUUUUAUACAUAAAAAUGACAGGGCAAUGGGAGGAUACGACCGGUUUAAUGACAACAAUGCAACGACAAGAACUCGAAACGGGGAAUAUACCGUUGCGGAUUAGGGUUAACCAACCGGUUAAGGUCAAAGUCGGAAAAUUGAAAUUGAUGGAAGUGAGGUUUUUGGUUAGGUGUGGGGUUGCAGUGAAUAGCUUGCCUCCUAGCAAUUGUAUUAGGAUUCAAAGUAGUAGCUGCAAAUUUAGUCUUGGGUUAUAA